UUGGGCAGUUCUGCCAGAGGGGGCGGGACGCGACGGCGCGGGGGCUGGGCCACGAGUCGCGACCCCGCCAAACGGUGACCGGGGCUGGCGCGGGGCGGGGUGGGGCGGCCCUGGCGGCGGAAGUCCGGGCCCCGAAAGGACAUGGCGGCUGCCAAGCCCAGCCUGGGCCGGCUCCUCCCGGGGUCGUCCAUCCUCUUCCUGUGUGACAUGCAGGAGAAGUUCCGCCAUGUGGCCUACUUCCCCCAGAUCGUCUCUGUGGCCGCCCGCAUGCUCAAGGUGGCCCGCCUGCUGGAGGUGCCCACGGUGCUGACGGAGCAGUACCCGCAGGGCCUGGGCCCCACGGUGCCCGAGCUGGGGGCCGAGGGCCUGCGGCCCCUGGCCAAAACCUGCUUCAGCAUGGUGCCCGUGGCGCGGCAGGAGCUGGACGCGCGGCCGCAGCUGCGCUCUGUGCUGCUCUGCGGCAUCGAGGCCCAAGUCUGCAUCCUGCGUCCCAGUCCCCAGUCCCCAGUCCGCACCCGGCACCCCGUCCUUGUCUGGGCUCGGCCCUCACCUCUCUCUGCCCCAGAACACAGCCCUGGACCUCAUGGAUCGGGGGCUGCAGGUCCACGUGGUGGUGGACGCCUGCUCCUCCCGCAGCCAGGUGGACCGCCUGGUGGCACUCGCCCGGAUGCGGCAGAGCGGCGCCUUCCUCUCCACCAGCGAAGGGCUCAUCCUGCAGCUCGUGGGGGACGCUGCGCACCCCCAGUUCAAGGAGAUCCAGAAGAUCAUCAAGGAGCCCGCCCCGGACAGCGGGCUGCUCGGCCUCUUCCAAGGCCAGAACCCGCUCCUCCGCUGACGCCCCCUCCGCCCGGGACACCUCCCCUCCUGUCACCGGCCGCGCUGGAAGCGCCCUCCCCCAUCCCUGGACCCCAGGAGUGGUGCAGUCCGCCGGGAGCGCCGCCCCUCGGGAGCGGAGGCGGGUGCUGCCUUGCUAUUGGGCGGCGGCUCCCGGAAAUGCAAAUGAGCCCCUGGAAGCCGCCGGCCGUUGGCUGAGCCGAGCUGGGGGCGGGGCUCGGGCCGGGCCCCUUCAAGGGCCGGGAAGGGGGGGGAGGCGUGUCACGGGCUGUGUGGGACCCGGGCUCGCGGAAUAAACCCGAUGUGGCUGUG